GGCCCCCCGGAGUUACCGGUAGCCGAACUCCCGGGUGCCGUGAGGCGCUUCCCCGUGAUGCCAUGCCGGAGGAUCCCGGAGGCCGCGGGGAUGGGUACGGCGGAGUUUUGGCGGAGAAGCCGUGGGCUGGUAGGAUGAAUCACGCCUUUCCCCUGCCGCCUCCCCGGCCGGUGCCGUCGCAGCCGGCCGCAAUGAGCCCCUGAAGAAGGAGUGUCCCAAGUGGAAGAGUGACUACCCCAUGACAGACGGGCAGCUGCGCAGCAAGCGGGACGAGUUUUGGGACACGGCACCAGCCUUUGAAGGCCGCAAGGAGAUCUGGGAUGCCCUGAAGGCAGCUGCCUAUGCUGUAGAAGCCAAUGACCACAGUCUGGCCCAGGCCAUCCUCGAUGGAGCCAGCAUCACCCUGCCCCAUGGGUCCCUGACGGAGUGCUAUGAUGAGCUGGGCAACCGGUACCAGCUGCCCGUCUACUGCCUGGCACCCCCGGUCAACCUGAUCCUGGAGCGGAGCGAGGAGGAGGCGGUGGAGCCGGCCGAGCCCCCGCCCCACGCCCGGCGGGAGUUCACCCUCAAGGUGCGCCUCUCCACCGGCAAGGACCUGCGCCUCAGCGCCAGCAUGAGCGACACCAUCGGGCAGCUGAAGAAGCAGCUGCAGGCGCAGGAGGGCAUUGACCUGGCCUGGCAGCGCUGGUUCUUCUCAGGCAAGCUGCUCACCGACCGCACGCGACUGCAGGAGACCAAGAUCCAGAAGGAUUUUGUUGUGCAAGUGAUUGUCAACCAGCCCCUUCCACCCAGGAACUGAGCCACCCCCUGCUGGUUGAGGGGAGAGCGCAGGGGGCUGGGGGACAGUGGCACCUCUGGGGAUUCCCUGUGCUGUGUUUU